CGAAAUCCUCAAAAACCCUAAUCUCCGCCUCCACUUUUUUGCGACCUUCAAGAAUCCCCAAAACAAUGGCCAAGAAGAAAGCGUCGCGUAACAGUAACGACACCGCUAAUGAUGAUAACCGACAACAGCACCAUGACCAGAAACCACCCGAGACUGACAAGAAAGCCACGCCACUCAGCCGUCAGUCUUCCAUGGAAGAACACGACUCUUCGGAGGAGCAAUUCCAGAACUUGAAGUCUCUUAAUGCGAUGCUUCUCAAACAGGCUAUGGAGAAGAGAAACCAGAUCGAUUCUCUCGUUCAGGCUAAGGAUGAAUUGGAGACCGAGUUGGCUCGUUAUGGGUCGGAGAAAAUGGAUUUGCGUCACGAGUUGGAACAGGUGAGUGAUGAGAAUUUGGGGUUGAAGAUUGAAUUAGAUCUGGUUAUUGAUUUCGUUGAGAACCGGUUUAGAGAGAUUGGUGUUGGAGUUGAUAGGUUAGUGAAGGAGAAGAGUGAUAGAGAGAGUGAGGUUAGGUUUUUGAAAGGGGAAGCGAUUGAGCUGAUGGGCAAGGUGGAGAUUGAGAAGGAACAGUUGAGGAAGGUCUGUGAUGAGAGGGACUUAAUCAAGAAUGGGUUUGAUUUGGAGCGUGAGGAGGUGAAUCGAUUGAAGGAGUGUGUGAUUCGUUUGGAGGAGAAAGAAUCCAAUUUGGAGCUAGUGAUUAGGAAAUUGAAAACUGAAAACGAUAGGUUGGUGAAGGAGAGGAAGAUGAGAGAAGAGUUGAUUGAAGGGGUAAACAAGGAGAAGAUUGGUCUGGAGAAGACAAUGGAGGAGAAGAAGAAUGAGAUUGAUGGAUUGAAGAGAGAGAUCAAAUUGCUUUUGAGUGAAAAAGAUGAGAUGGAGAGUGUAAAGAUUGAACAAAGGGGAGAAAUCGAUGAGUUGGAGAAAAAGCUUGACAAGUUGAAUGAGACUGUGCGGAGUUUGACAAAGGAAGACAAGGUUUUGCGGGAUUUGGUUACCGGGUUAAAGAAGAAUCUUGAUGAGUCUAUGGAGAAAGAGAGAGGAAUGAGGGUGGAAAUUGAUGUGUUAGGGAAAGAGAUGACAAUCAAGGAAUCUGAGCUUGAGAGGUUAUUGGAGGAGAAGAAUUUGGUUGAGAAACAGAUGGAAAUGGUCAAUGAGCAGUCAUCUGAUAAGGAGAUGUUGAUUGACCAGUUGUCUCGGGAGAAAAUUGAGCUUGAGGAACGUAUUUUUAGUCAGGAGGCGAAGCUGGUUGAGCUAAAUCAAAAGUCUGAUGAGCUAACUCAUGCUGUGGCUGUGCUACAAAAGGAUUGUGAUGACCAAACAAAGACUAACGACAAGCUUAGCUGCAAAGUUGGUCAGCUAAGCGAUGCUCUUGCGCAAGUUGAGCUCAAGAGAGAAGAAGCUGAUAAGGCACUUGAUGAGGAGAAGAGACAUGGAGAGGAUCUUAAGGCAGAGGUUUUAAAAUCAGAGAAGAUGGUUGCAAAAACUUUAGAAGAGCUUGAGAAAGUUGAGAUUGAUCGCGAGAGUUUAUUCUCAGCGAAGAAUGAUUUGGAGAGUCAAUCCAAAUCAUUGAAAAGCGAAAAGGCUAUCCUUAAAAAGGAGCUUGUAGAGCUCAAAAAAGCUAUGGAUGCUCUGAAAACAGAACUAGAAUCAGCUGGAAUGGAUGCAAAACGCAGCAUGGUGAUGCUAAAGAGUGCUGCAUCUAUGCUGUCCCAAUUAGAGAACAGAGAAGAUAGAUUGGUUAGCGAGGAACAGAAGCGAGAAAUUGGAAUUGAACCCUACGCGGUGGAGCUAGAGUCGAUAGAGAAAGCGUUCAAAAACAAAGAGGAGAUAAUCGAGGAAAUGAAGAAAGAAGCUGAGAUCAUGAAACAAUCAACGGAAGAGGCACACAAGAAGCAGAACUUCUGGACUCUCGUUUCGUCUGUAACAACAGUUUUUGCUGCUGCAUCUUUUGCCUAUGCCGCUAGGACUCGUUAAACGUCUCAGAAUGGUUUUGCCACAUAACUACAAUCAUGACAUUUAUCUCAUUCGAGUUUUGUCAGUAACAAAUGAGCUUUUUACUCCUACCUUGCAAAUAAUGUUGUUUAGGUCUCUGCAACUAUAAUAUGAAAUAUAAAUCUUUCUCCCUG